AUGGCAGCGCCCGGCAGCGUCUCGGCUGCUUUUCAGGAGUACCUGCAGCACCUGGGGCUGCAGGACUUCCCCUGUGGCUUCGGCAGCUGGAACAAAUCUCGCCUCAAUGCCCUCAGGAGCCCCCGGGCAGAGCCAGCGGGGCUGGAGGAGGCCGUGCCACCGGGAGAGGAGACCCCCGAGGCGCUGCUGGAGCUGCUGAGAGACCGGCACAGUCCCUGGGCACUGCCCCCCGACUGCAGCCCCCAGGAGCGGCUCCUGCGGGAGGUGGCCGCGCUGGCACCUGAGCUCCUCCGUGGCUCCGGAGUCUUCCAGGCCGUCAGGUCCCUGCGGAUACUCGACAAGGGGGUGGAGGAGGUGGAUGAGGGUCUGCUGCGGUUCCAGCAGCUGGAGGAGCUCGUCCUCAGUGCCAACCGCAUCCGCAGAGUAACCUCAGCCCACCUGCCCCGGACUCUGAAGGUCCUGGAGCUCUGCUGCAAUGCUGUGGAUGAUCUGCAGGACCUGUGUGCUCGGCCACCCCCGGAGCUCCAGCACUUGGGGCUGGGGUACAACCGGCUGUGUGGCCCUUCCCAGGAAAAGUACUUCACCAUGGAUUUCUGGCCAAACCUUGUCUCCCUUGACCUGAGCUUUAACAGCCUCACAGACCUGCUGGAGCUGGUCUCCCAGCUGUCCACGCUGCAGAACCUCCACAUCCUGGUCCUCCAAGGGAACCCCCUGGCUCUCAUCCCCACUUACAGAGGCUUCCUCGUGGACAGCCUGCCCAAGCUGUCCAUCCUCGAUGACAUCCACGUAUGGCCUGAGGAGAGGCAGCGGUUCCAUGGUCUGGCAAGGCAGCCAGAGCUGAUGAGGAGUGAAGCACGAGUGGUUGUGAGCAUUGGGGAGAUGAAGGGACUCCCUAAUCCAGAAGAUUUUCAGCAGCUGGAGGUUGGCUCCGAGGGUCCGGUGAUCACCUACAGCUACUGUGUGACCUACGAGUUUACAGAGGGAGAGGAGCCCGAGGACAGGGGCAGCCCUGAGGGAAAAAAAAUACACCAGAGUCCCACAGUGGCCAUGCUGGAUGUGGACAGCUCUGCUCAGGACACAGGAGAAACAAAGAGCCACCAGGAGCCUGCAGCCACAGAGGAGCCCAAGGCCCACUCUGCCAAGGUGUUUGCCACCCGUGGACAGCCCUGGGCAGACACCAUCGACUGCAGCUACAGGAAGGAACACAUUGCCAAGGACUUGGUGGGGCUGAAGUCCUACCUGGAGGCUGGAACAAUUGUCUCGGUUGUGGAGGAGAAGGUGCUCUCAUGGCCUGUGGAUCCAGAAGAAAACACUGUCCCAAAUAAGAGGGAAGGACAGGAGCUGAAGAAGAAUGGUGCAAAGAAGAAGCAGAAAAAGAAGAAGAAGCAGCAACGUGAAUUCCGCAGCGACCCUCCCAUUCGGAGCACCCUGGGCACCGCGAGGGUGACCUUGGAGACCCUGCUGGCCACCGAGGACCUGGUGGCAACUGUGUGUGACUUUGGGAUCCUGAUCCCUGAGAAGCCACCAGAAUCACCAGUUCUGGAGGAGAAGGAGGUAAAAAAAGGCAAAGACAAGAGCAAGAACGCCGAAGCAGGGAAAGGAGGUCUGGCCAGCCGGAAAACCGCGGCGACUCCAACUCCCAAAGGAAAAAACAAAGACACUGCCGAAGUGGAGGAGGGCCAAGAGCUCCAGCUGGUGCCGCUGACAGUUCAAUUCCAGAUGCAGCUGCUUCGGUGGCCUUUGGCAGCCAGCACCCAGAGCCAGGAGAACGUGGCCGUGGGGAAGACUCAGUGA